UUCGCGUGGCGUGGUGCGUGUUGUUUUGGUGCGGAGUUGGAUCAGCUCCCCGAAGCUGACACUGUCGUGUUCGGUGCUCAGUCGCGGUUUCCAGCUCGUUCUACUUGGUUUUCCGCGCUCUGUUGCUGGAAUUUCAGUUUUCGUUUCGGGAUGCUUUUGGUGAAACUGGGCCUGAUUAAAAAAAGUAGUUCAGAAAUUUGAAACUUGGUCCGCAGUGAAAAUGACGACGAAAAGUUUUAAAGGUAUGGGAAACGCGGCGAAGUUAGGGUUGGUGGGUUUGUUAGCUACGACGGGGGGGCUGUAUGUUGCAAUCAAUAAUGCUUAUGGGGGCGACAAACGAGCCAUGAUGGACAAGUUACAUGUGCUAGCAGAUGGGCUGGGGCCGUCUGCAAUGCCCGUGUUUAUUUGUGUGCACACUAUAGCCAUCGCUUUGUGUUUUCCUUACGCCAUUAUCUUCGAAGCUGCCGCGUCCUUCCUCUUUGGCUUCCUCCGAGGUAUCCUCUGCGUGUUUUGUGCGAAGGUUAUGGGCGCAGCUCUUGCAUUUUGGCUUGGAAGGGCUUUAUUCCGGAGCUUUAGUUGGGCGAACAAUACGGUGAAGAAGAACAAAUACUUCAAUGUUUUAAAUAAAGGUGUAGCACGAGACGGCUGGAAGUUUGUUCUCCUGGCACGAUUUUCGCCCGUUCCAUCUUAUAUUAUCAACUACGGUCUCGCAGCAACAGAUGUUGACUUCUUUGUGGACUUUCUCCUUCCAACGGUCGCUGGAGGCCUGCCUAUGAUUAUUCAGAAUACUUCGAUUGGAAGUUUCACUAGUGCUGCCACACAACUCGGAGCCGAUGGUGCUGGUGCGAAACCUGGGAUGUUGUCCUACGUUCUUCCUGCCAUCGGCAUUAUUUCUAGUAUAAUGAUCACGUGGAGAAUCAAGAAAUAUGCAACGGUUGACGCGUUCGGUUCAGGUGAUGACUCUUCAGCAGCUAUCAAAGAGAAAGAGAGAAUCGUUGUGAAGGAUAAAGGUUGGGCGAAACCAACUGGUGGCGAUAGCCUCGUGCAUCCCACUAUUCAUGGUCUUCAUAUGAGGACAGUCAAACAUCUGGCAGAGUAGCUAUGACAUCUGCACUUCCUUGUCCGGAAGGAAUUCUCUGCUUUCUAAUGUGAAUGAUGGGAGGAUUUCAAUAUGUGAAUGAUGGGAAGAUUCACCUAUGACUUAUCUCACUACUACUGCAAUUUGAAUGGGAAAGGAAUUCCUUCAAUUUCUUUAGAAAAACUUCGACUAAGGUUUGAUCAGAGUAGUACAUUCAGAAUGUAAAAGGGCGGAUUAAAUAGGAAUUAAUCGAGGGUAUUUACAAAAGAAGCCUCUUGCUCCUUCAAGCUACAGUGUUGUUAGAUACGUAAUUUUAACAAUGGUGUUUCUUGUGUAGAAUAGAAGUUGAGAUACUAGAAAACGGCAUCAUAAUGGAUAUCAUUUGUUUAUUCAAAUGAAUAUUGACUAAUACACAAAAGGUAUAAAGGAAUACUUGUUGAUUUUUGAUUUAAUCAAA